AUGGGGACGGUACCAGAUCCUCUGAGGUCUGCCAAGCUUUCCCUGGUCACAGCUUCUGCCGAGGAGGACCGCCUGGGAGACUUACAGUCUGCUAAGCACCACCCCCAACUUCCCAGUGGAGAGAAGGCCAGCAAUGGCUUCCCAUGCGCGCUGUCCGGCUCUGCUGGAGCUCGCUUGUUUGACCUGACCUGCACGCCAGCUGCCAGCGCUCAGAGGUGCCAGCAGUGCCAUGAGGACGGUACCAGCCAGCAGGAAGCCUUCCCUGCAGGGCUCACCAGCAAAGCUGCAGAGGGGUGUCCUGUGGCCCUAGAAGCUGCUGGUUGCUCCUGGCCAGCAGGCAGCCUGGGACAGGCAGCACCAGCCCCCACUGUGGCAGGAGCCCCCUUGGCGGGGCAGGGGCCAGAGAUGAUGCCAGCCCCCCAGAGCUCCCAGCAGCUUGUGCAAGGCAGCCAGGCGAAAACGAGCACCCUGACACAAGUGGAUGACUCUGCCUUGAAACCUCAGGGGACUGAUGAUCAGCCAGCACUUGAGGUGAUAAAUUAUUCUUCCCCUGAUGACCUUGUUAGGGGUAAUGAGACCUGUCAUAUUUCUCAGACAAACUUUUUGCAAAGAGGGGAAGAAGACUGGGACACAGAAAAAACUCUUUCUGCUGCAUGCCAGCCAGCCUCACCAGCAAGGCACACCGAAGCUGACAUGGGAAGAGACCCACAGAACAGUUUGGAGGCAAAAAGCAGGGCUGCAGACACCAUGCACUUGCAUCCCACAGAUAAAACUGAAGAGUUGCUGAGCAGCGAGGCCCAAGCCCCGUCUAGCCGCAAGAGUCAGCAUCCUGUACCCAAUGCAGCUGCUGAGCCAGCAAGUCCAGGCCCCACCCAGCUCUCCAAAUUCAGAGAAACAGGUACAAUGACGGUUCAGUCAGAGAGCAGGUCCUCAACUCAGGAAGCAGAAAGCAGGACAUGGAGAGAUGCUGAGGUACAGGCUGUGGCUACUGUGGAGAGCAAAUCAGCCUCCACCAGUCCCAUCAUCCUUGCUGCCUUCUUAAAAGGGAAUCCUCCUCCAGAUGAGAAGGAAGAACUGCGUAUUAUUUACCAAGGAGGUAUGGGACUGAGCCAGUCUGCACUUACUGACAGUUGCUCUUCACAACAAAAGUCUCCAUGUUCUCCUGAUACCAUGUCAAAAUCGAGUGCUGUUAUGGCUGUUACUGCUUCAGCCCAAACCCAGCCUGUCAAACUGCCUGGGGUCCCAUCUGACAUGGGGUCGCUCGAUAAUGCAAAACCUGCUUUCCCCUUCUGCCCUGCAGCCCUUACCUCCAAAGGGAUAUCUGUGGAUAAUGCUGAAGUGAUCGGCACAGCCCAUGACGGCAAGGAUGCUGCUAAGCUGCCAGUGGAUGCUCCUGUCCCACCAAAGCCCAUGCCUGCUGAGCAGCUUGUAGGUAACUCCAGUAACCAAACACCAGCACAGUCUGGGUCUGGCACUGGUGAUCCAAGCACUACUUCUGCUGCUGCUGUCCCAGAAACCAAGACCAACAUGCAAGAUCUUGUCUGUGAUGCCGGAAGCAGCCGGUUACCUUUACUCUGUAGCACAGACAGUGAAGUCAAGCAGAAGGUUGUGGGCAGCUCUGAGGAAAAGUCUGUGCAAUGUAAAGGUGCCAGUCAAGGCGAGGCCAUUCCUAAUCAAUCUGUGGUAAAACCAAAGGAAGAAAUCUCAGUGGUGCUUGAUCCUAAAGUGAAUGUUAGCAGUGAAGCUACUGCUGUCCGCGUACAGACAUGCUUGGUGGAUACAGGUGAAAAGGAGGAGAGCAAGAGGGGAGAUGCUGGCCAGGUUCAGCCAGCCAGUGGUCAGAGCCUGCAGACAGGACUGACACCUAGGUUGAGUGCGAGUUCUGCACAUGUCACCCCUUCCUUGGAGUCAUCAGCAGCUCCCCAACAGCGAGGCCUCCCGGCCAAGGAGUCCAGACGCGAACUUCACACAGCAGCUCUUUCUGCUUCAGCUCAGGUCUUGCCAAACCUGGUUGAAAACAAAAAGCAGUCCACCCUGGCCAUGGAGGCGAAAGUGCAGGUGAAGCAGUCCAAGCACAUCAGGGAUGUUGUGUGGGAUGAGCAAGGCAUGACAUGGGAGGUUUAUGGUGCUUCCCUUGAUCCAGAAUACCUGGGAAUUGCCAUCCAGAACCACUUACAGAGACAAAUACGGGAACACAAGAAACUGAUCCAGGCCCAGAACAGUCAGACCCGGAAGUCCAUUUCCUCAGAUACAUCCUCAAAUAAAAAACUGAAAGGAAGGCAGCACAAUGUGUUCCAGUCCAUGCUGCAGAAUUUUAGGCGUCCUAAUUGCUGUGUCCGACCGGCUCCGUCUUCUGUGUCAGACUGA